GACCUGGGUGAGCAACUGCCAGGAUUGUGUUUGUGACCCGUACAGUCUGGAAAUCCAAUGCCAGCCUGUGGCAUGCCAACAUCAGCCUCCUCUCACCUGUGAUCAGGAGGGCCAAGUUAAGGUCGUAGAAACUGUUGACUGUUGUCAAAAGGACAAAUGUGAGUGUGAUGUCAAACGAUGCUCUACUUCCAAGAUAACUUGUCCAGUCGGAUUCGAGAUAGAGGCAACUAUGGGAGUCUGUUGCCCAACUUAUCAAUGCUUGCCAAUGGAUGUCUGUGUAUUUAACAACACUGAAUAUCAGCCUGGUACCAAUGUUCCCGAGGACAAGUGUAAGAAUUGUGUGUGUGGUGACAGGGUGGAUGCCCAAACCCAUCUACAUAUCAUUGAGUGUCAACCUACUGAAUGUGACACUCACUGCCAGCAGGGCUAUGAUCAUCAAGCCGUUCCUGGGCAGUGUUGUGGGAAGUGUGUACAGACAAGCUGUGUGGUUAUGCUGCCAGAUAACACCACACACACUAUUCAGCCUGGUUCCGUCUGGAUACCAUCUGGAGACAAGUGUCUAAAGUUUGAGUGCGUAAAGAUUAUGGACCAACUCAUCACAAUGGAGGCUAAGACUGUGUGCCCUGACUUCUACCCAGAAGACUGCAUACCCGGAACUGAAGUCAUUGCUCCAGAUGGUUGCUGCCAUGUCUGUAUUCCAAUAAAUAAGCCAUGCAAUGUGACAAAGGGCAAAGUGUACCUGGACAGCAAUGGCUGCAAGUCUGCAAACGAGGUGGAAGUGACAACAUGCGGUGGAUCAUGUAGCACCUAUGCCAUGUAUUCUCUUGAGGCCAACAUGAUGGAGCGCUCUUGUACCUGCUGUCGGGAAGUAUCCACCACCAAGAAGGAAGUGGAGAUGAUCUGCCCAGACGGGUCAAAGUACAACCACUCCUACAUCCACAUCAAUAAAUGUGGCUGCCAGAGGACAGAGUGCGUGACCCCGGAGGAGACCCAGGUCACAAGGUCACGACGCAGGAGAAGAUGAAUGACUCGCCACUACCAUCCCUUUACUGCUUAGAUUAGUUCUCUAUUCAUGUUCAACUUGUUCAGUUUCC